AUGUCUUACAGCACUACGACUAACUACGUCUCGUCCCUCAGUUCCUGGAAGAGUUAUGUUAAAACAGUCUAUGCAGAAGAAACCACAAUCCAGGGCAACAUCGAGGUCAAGACAAGAGCACUACCACUAACAUUUACCUACAAUUCCAAUUUUAUAUGCACACAAGACAGUUCAUCAAAUUAUUAUGGAAAGGAAGCGACUAUAUUCGCUAGGAUCCAACAAUAUGCUUCACCGAUAGUGAUGACAAUAGCACAGUCGCGCCUGAGUGUUCAGAUCCGGAUUUUGAUCUUGACUUUAUUUAAACAAACUGCUCAACAACGUACCGUAUACUACUUUAGCCUCCACCCUAUCUAUAGGGACGGCAACGGCUACUACUACCACCGGUAUAACGACGACAGGUUCCUCCACAACGGCUACAGCAACCUGUACAAUAUAUCCACGGGUGACACUCGAGUUAUCACUAGGGAUUAUACUUACCAUUUUACCAAGGCCACCUGUUUUCCCCUUCUGUGCGAGCUCGAUACACUUGCUGAGAGAUAUUCCAACUCGACUUACACUAUGAGCACAAUUAGCACUCCAAUAUCCAGGGCAGUUAUUCAGGAAUUGCACCAGGGCAGCACUCGGCCAAAAAAAAGUGCCCCUAGAGGCACGUAUCCUAAACCAAAUGCAACUAUCACAGCACCUAGCGCGACCGGUCAAGCUACUUACUACAUAGUAGCCACUACGGCCUACCCGACCCAAAGUAGAACCAUCGAGGAGUGCGGCAACUACUAUCUCGUUGUAGCUAGUGACGACUGCUCUACCAUUAACCUACGCUUCGGUCUGAACUUUAGCCAGUUACAAAAGUAUAACACAUACCUCAAAUCCACCUGCGGAAACCUAUGGCUUAAUUAUGACAUUUGCGUCGCCCCUGUCACUCCUAAGACAGUAUCAACCGACGGUACGUGUCCUGCUGGGGUAACCUAUGUUAGAAGUGCCUUUAGCGACUGCUACUCGCCAUUCGGCUACUAUGGAACCGGGUCAGAUUACUGUGUCAGCACGACCAACGGCACAGCGACGUCGGACGGCACUUGUGGACCCGAUUAUGGGGGCACUACUUGCAUUCCCCAGUUUGGGAACUUUUGCAGUAUCUACGGCUACUGCGGCAAUAGCACAACCUAUUAUGGUGCAGGCAACUGCUAUUCUAGCGAUUAUGCCACUAAUAAUGGUGGCCCGUCCACAAAUAGAGAAUAUGGCCCGAAUUUCGCCGGAAACAAGACCUACACUGGUACCCAGUUCGGGACGUGCUGCUCCAUCUCUAGCUAUUAUAGAAGCACUAGUGACUAUUAUUCUAGGUUAAACUACUAUAGUGGUACUUAUACGUAG